AUGGGAGAAACUGUCGAACGUCGAGAGUUUAAUGGCGUCCCUGGGAGAUACCAAGAUAUUAGAGUCUCAGAAUGCGACAGCCUUGGCGACAUAAAUGGGGACUCGAGUCGCAUAGGUGGCGAAUCCUGCGACAACUCUCUCGAGAGCUCUUCCACGUCAGCGGAGCCCCAUUCCACGUCACCGCAGGAGCAGAUUACUUCACCAGGGUCGGACUGGCAGGCGGGAAGCGAGACGAACAGCGAUUGGUCGAGGGAGAGCGAGGCACAGCAGCAGGGCUUAAAAGACGGCAUCAGGGGGGCAGGAGCGAGGGGAAGCCGCGCGCAGCAGAACGGAAUGAUUUGCGCGUUUGGCGCGCCUCCCGGCUCCAUCACUUCCCCUCGCGCCCACUCUCGCCCCCCGCUCCCAUCCCGCGGAAACGGCGACGUGGGGAGCAGCUCUGGUCGUACGCGCGCCUCCGGCUACCACUCCGCGCGCAAGCCGCCCGUUCCACGUGUCAGCAGCACAGGGUCGUUGAAAUCAAUGCAACCACCGAAUUCGUCACGGACCGUCCGUAGUAGCAACUGGCCGCGACGCGAGGAGGGAGAGGAGGAAUUGGAGGAGGAUGACGAGGAGGAGGAAGAGGAGGAGGGGAGUGGGUUGGAGAUAGACGAGGAAGGAUUGGCAUUAGCUCUAAGAGAAGACCCCGACGACGAGGAUGCUCUUAACGAGGAUGCUUACAGUGAAGCAGACAACGACGACGACAUGACAUCCCCGAUCGCGCCUCUUGAGGGAAUCGAUAACGAUUUCGAAGAAGACGACGACGAUGACGAAGACGCGUAUAUCGGGGAUGGCAGGGACGGGGAGAGCGCGACAGUCGCUCGGCAAAUCUCGGACGUCCGUGAGAGGCUUGCGGCGCGGAGAUCGUGCCACCUGGCGCGCGGAGGGCGGGAGAUGGAUGCGGACGCGAUAUCGGACGAGGACGAGGACGAGGAGUCGUGGGAGCGCGUGAAGCAGCGCUGGGCCGCGCAGCAGCAGCGCCUGCAGCGGCGGGAAGAGCAGCAGGUGCAGCAAACGGUUCAGGCAGCGAGGGAGAGGGAGAGGGAGCGGGAGAAGGAGCGCGAGAGGGAGAGGGCGAUGAGAGGGGGGGAGGAGGGCAAGAAGCGGGCGUUCGGGAAGUGGGUGGGCGGGGUUUGGCCGGGGGAAGGGGGAGAAGGAACGGAAGGUGAGGUUGGGACCAGCCCCGCCUCUCCCGCUACCAUCUCCAUUCCCUCUCAUCCCCUCUCCCGCCCGCCCUCUCGCAUGCCCUCCCUCAUUGCUCGCUCUUCCUCAUCCGACGACGCCCGCAGCCUCCGCAAGCAGCGCUCAGAGCCCAAGCGCGAUCUCAACCGCAUUCCGGCGCCGUUCUGCACUGCCCCCGACCCCUGCGGUUUACCCCCUGACUCACAGCCCAUUGGAGGAGAGGCAUCCACGCCUGGGCGCCGUCUGUUGAGUGCGCUGAGCCACAGGGGAGUGGUUGGCGCAGCCAAGAAGGCUCUUGAGGCGGUCAGCUCCCCUCGCCGCUCCCACAGCUCUCUGUUCGCCUCUGCGUCUGCAGAAUGUGCCUCGGCUCGUGAAGAUGGCGCUGAUGGUGCCUCUGCUGGUGUUUCUGCUGGUGGUGGCGGUGGGAGGGGAGGAGGAGGCGGAACAGAGCCUCUUAUUGGCUCGCCCCGGUUCUUCUCGUCUUCCUCGCGCCCUUCGUCUCUCCGCCCGUCUGCCUCCCAUGACAGCUACACGUCGUCUCCCUCCUCCCGUCUCUCCUCAUCCCCAUCUCGAAGCAUUGUGCCGCGCUCUUCCUCGCUGGAGGUCCCAAGGUCGGCUGGGGUGCCGCGGAGUGUGUCGCAAGAGAGUGGUUUUGGCACCAGCGGCAGUAGCAGGGAAAGUGGUGGCGCCUCACGCCGCCGCAGCCUGCUUGCCCCAUCCUCUUCCAGGGAAGAUGGGGGCAGUUACAGGGAAGGCAGCAGCUUUAGAGGUGGUGGUGGAGGGGAUGCGAGUGGAGGUGUGCAGGGGGGAAAGCAGCAGCUGUCUGGGCUGCAGGCUCCAGGUGUAUCGGGAUUUUCCACCCCCGAUUCCGUCGCCAUGGCCGAAAAGGCGGCGCUGCUGGCAUUCGCGAAAGCCUUCGACAACCACCCGGUGUUCUCCAAGUGGGGAUCGUGGGCGAACGUGUCGCUGGGCAUGCAGUACAACACAUCCAAGCCGUGCGUGCAGUUCUGGAAGUGGAUCACGUGCGACGGCGAGGGCCGCGUUAACGCCAUCGACAUAGGCAACCCCAUGAUGGUGGACAAGGACCCGUCGUACGGCAAGGGGAUGUCGCCCGGCGCGCUCAAGGGGCAGAUCCCGUGGGCCAAGAUGACGGCGCUCGAGAACCUCGUGCUCAUUAAUAUCCAGGGCAACGACGUCUACGGCCCCGUGCUGCCGCCGAUUAUUUCCAAGUUCUCCAAGCUCAAGGAAAUCAUGUUCGAGGGCAACCGGUUCGUGGGUCCCAUGCCCGAGGAGGUCUCGGCGCUCAAGAGUCUGAUGAAAAUCGACGUGAGUCUGAACCGCAUCACGGGGUCUAUUCCACGUGGCAUCGCUACGCUGGCCAAUCUGACGUGGCUCGCCCUCUCGCAAAACCAAAUGGCAGACGUGCUGUUUCCCGAACUCGGCAACUUGACUCAACUCAAAAAACUGGACAUUGGCGGGAACUCGUUCCAAGGCGCGCUCCCGGAGAGCUGGGGCAAACUCCAGAAGCUAGAGCUGCUCAAUCUGCAGAAGCUGAAUCUGAACGGCUCGUUCCCCGACUCGUGGGCGGGCAUGACGUCGCUGCAGCACUUCGUGGCGCCCGCCGCGCGCAUCCAGAGCCGCUUCCCCUCCUUCCUGCUCAAGCUCAAAAACAUCUCCGACAUUGUGCUGUACAACAACGAGCUGUGGGGCCCACUGCCGCCCGCCAUAGAGCUCUUUGCGCCCCGCACGCUCACUGCACUGGACGUGAGCUCCAACUUCCUCAACGGCACAGUACCGCCGGUGCCUGCCGUCCGCAACCUCGACUUCAAGUACUUCACCAACUGUCUCAACACAUCUGCCAACCCGGCACUGGCGGAUCAGACGCCGCAGGACCCCGCUGAGUGCACCAAGUUCUACAACACCCUCAAAUUCGCCUCUGAGCUCUCAAGCACGAGCUACAACGGAACAGAAACCGUCCAGACAACGGAGUACGUGCCGGCGUCAAAGACCCCCAUGAUCAUCGGCAUCACUGUGUCGCUCGCCAUCGCCGUCGCGGCUGUGGGUGGCGCCAUCUGGUUCCUCCUCUACACCAAGCGCGGCCAGAGCAUCUCCGAUAGGUUCACCAAGGGCCUCCGCCAGGCGACGCGCGAGUUCACGCUGAAGCAGAUGAAGUCAGCCACCAACAACUGGCAGACGGUCAUCGGCAAGGGCGGCUACGGUACCGUCUACAAGGCCACGCUCAAGGACGGGCAGCUCGUGGCCGUGAAGCGCCUGGACCAGGUCUCCAAGCAAGGCGACGUGGAGUUUAUCCGAGAAGUGGAGCUCUUGUCUCGCGUGCAUCACCGGCAUCUGGUGAACCUGGUCGGGUUCUGCGCUGAGAAGGGCGAGCGCGCGCUGAUCUAUGAGUACAUGGCCAUGGGGUCGCUGUAUGAGCAUCUGCAUGGGGAGAGCGCGAAAGAGUACCCGCUGUCGUGGGAUAGCCGCACCAAGAUUGCGAUUCACGUGGCGCUGGGGAUUGAGUAUCUGCACUAUGGUGCCGACCCUCCUCUCAUUCAUCGUGAUAUCAAGUCGGCCAACAUCCUGCUGUCAGACGACGGCUACUCCAAGGUGGCCGAUUUCGGCCUGUGCAAGGAGGCGCCCAUCGGGGCCGGUGCGGAUGGCGGCGAGCAGCUGGUGCCCACGGCUACAGCGGUGCGCGGUUCCUUUGGGUACCUGGACCCGGAAUACGUCAACACGAGUAUCCUGUCGGAGAAGUCGGACGUGUACAGCUACGGUGUCGUGCUGCUGGAGCUCAUCUCCGGCCACAAGUCCAUCCACGAGUGGCAGCCCCUUGCUUACUGGGCGGAGGAGUAUCUGGCGGACAGGGAGAAGACGCCCCUCAUGGUGGACCCCAAGCUGGAGGGCAACUUUGACCUGGACGAGCUCUACGCGCUCUGUGACAUUGCGCGCACGUGCGUGCAGGACCAGGCCGUCAACCGCCCCACCAUCCGCGACGUCGCCAAGGCGCUCGUUGAAAACCUCGGGCACGCCAUGUCGAGCUACGCUGGCAGCCACCGGGAUUCCGCGAGUAUCAUGUCGUCGUCGCAGUCGGAUGCCACGUCACUGCCGUCCUCGUCGUACCCGUCAACGUCAGAGUCGUCAGAGUUCAGCUAUCAGAAUUACUCAGAGACGCUGCACUGGGCGCCUGGGGAUGAGAAUGCGCAGUCGAGCAAGUCGGGGUCGGUGGGUAUGUCCAAGGGCGCCAAGGGCGACCACUUGCCCGUGCCCGUGCCGCGCCGCCCGGAUUUCCCCCCGGAUGAGGUGUAA